CUGCUCCCGCUCCCCUACGACGACGCCUGAGACGACGCGGACUUGACGCUCGGAUACCACGAAAUCGCGGAGAAGAUCAGCCGGCCGCACCUAUCGCGUUUACAUACCCCCGAAACGAACCGCGUCACGGAUCCUCGCGUAGCACACCCGUGCGGUGGAAUGAACCAUGGGGCGAGCCUCCAGCGUCACCGGCAACCUCCAAAACCUCGUCGCGGGCACCGUCACGCCCAUCCUCGACCAGCCCGGGCACCCACGGCGUCCCGGUAGGCGGGGGAACAACAAGCGGAAGGAGACGCUGCUCAGCCUGCUCGAUGCGCUCUCGGAGCUGACGAAGGAGGACGACGAGGAGCUCGUCGACGCCGCGGUAGCCGGUCGACGGUCGACGCAGCAGCGCAGUUUCGAGGACGACCACGAUGUCCCCACCGUGGACGAGCAGCACCAGGUCGCGGGCGGGGAGACGUUCAACAAGUUCGCAAAACGCAUCACCAACCUGGACAACGAGCUCCGCAACUUCUCGAACGCGGCCCGCCAGCUCGGCUCCUCCGUCGCCAUCCUCUCCUCCGCCUUCCACCUCCGCGAACGCCUCGCCCAGAUCCUCUUCCUCUUCCGCGAAAACGCCGCCGACCUCUUCCCCCGCAAAGUCGCCCGCCAGCCCGCCGCGCCCCCCACGUCCUACACCUCCAAGAAACGCCGAAAAACGCGCAAACCGCCUCCGCACGUCGCCCGCCCCACGGCGGGGCGCGACCUCGACGCGGAAGACUUCCCGGAACAGAUCGAGGGCCUCGCCUCGGACGUGAUCACGUUCUUGAACUGCCUCAACGAGUUCCCCGAGUUCACGGACGAGGCCGUGAACGCGAGCAUCAAGUCGUUCGAGGGCGAUCUCAAGUACUGGGCGGCGUGCCUGAAGGAGUACACGAACCAGUUCAAGUACCCGGCCGUGCAACGCUACCUGCACGAUCUCACGAGCGAGAUGGGCGAACACCUCGACUCGAUCUCCAGCACGCUCAACUACUUUACCGACGUCGGCGUCCCUACGAUCCGCUUCGCCCAAAAACACGGCGCGCAGAACCUCCAGAACCUGUCGACCGUCGCCACCUUCUUCUCCGCCGUCACCGCCACCACGCUCCAGUUCUCGUUCAACCUGACCUCCAGCGCGCUCCAGAACGCGGUGAACGCGUUCUGGUUCGCGAGCCUCGUGUUCAGCAUCGCCUCCGCCGUCAACUCGCUGCUCGGUGUGACGUGGAAGCAAGCGAUGUACCGAAGCCCGGGACACCGCGUGCCGUGGUGGGUCCUGAUCUGGAUCAAACGCAGCCCGCUCGUGUUCCUCGUCAUCUCCGUCGCCUGCUUCUCCAUCGGCCUCGUCCUCUUCGCCUACGCCUCCGACCAGAGCCACACGACGAGCACGAUCACGACCGUCUUCACCGCCUUCUCCUCCUUCGGCCUCAUGGCCGUCUCCACCUGGUUCGCGUCCGAGCGCUGGGCCUUCACCCGGCACAAGGGCAAGAAGUGGCUCGCGGACGUGCUCGACGACGUCUCGGACCGGUUCGCGGCCGCGUCCGGGCUCGCCUACCUCUCGGAGAAGACGCCCGCCGCGCUCCGACGGUCGACCGCGCCGAUGCGGACGAUCGCGAGGCGGCUCGCCGCGGGAGGAGGACACGGGCGCGGCGGGAGCCAGACGUCCGAGUCGACGCUGCCCGUCGUCGGAGGCACGGGAGCAGGGGGGGUAGGGGACGGGGAUCCGCAUUCGCCGCGGCCGAGCGACGGACAACGUGGCGGCGACUUUUUCGGCACCAAGGCGUCGUCGACCGAGGGCAGCGUCGCGGGACUGCUGGCCCACUCCGGUGCGCUCACGACGUCGCCGACGACCGAGAAGACGCCCGCGUCCGCGUCCGCCUCCAAGCCGCCCGUGGCGAUGCCGCGCGAGCGCGGCCGGUUCGCGCAGGCGGUGCACAACAUGAUGCUCAUGCAGCGCACGGUCGGGAUCGGCUCGCUCGCGCCCGACUCGCCCGCGCGGCGGAGGACGCACUCGGGCGGGGUGUUGAGCGGGAGCAGCGCCGGGCCGGCGUCGGCGGUGAGGAGCAAUCGGCUCGCGGCGCUCACGCCCAGGCUGCAGUGUCUGGAGACGACGCAGGACCUGGCGGCGCAUUCGGCGCUGGUGCGGCAUCUGAUGUUCAGUCCGGACGGGAAGUACUUGGCGACGUGCAGUUGGGAUAGGACGUGUGUGAUGUUCAGAGUCGGGGCACCGCAAGCGCCGUUGAUCGCUCAUCGUGUGCUUGCCCAUCCGCAAGGCUUCGUGCAUCAGGUCGCUUGGUCUCCGAACGGAAAUUCGCUGUUGACGAGGAUGACGCGCGGGAUCAAGAUAUGGACGGACGACGGUGUGUGUCGGAAAACCAUCGACCGCAAGCGGAACGUUCAAUCGAUCACUUGGUUCCCCGGAGGCGAAGCUUUCAUGUCGGUGGAGAAGACAGAGGCCGGUAGCGACAUCGUGAAAGUGGACCUGAACGGCAAGGUUUUGGACGUGCACAGCUUCACGCAGAUGGAGGUUCACGACGUCGCGGUUACGCCGGACUGCAAGCGCCUGCUCGGUGUCGGAACGUUGCUCAGGACCGCGGAGGGAUUGGUGCCGAGCAAGUCCAGGGCGGAAAAGCGGAUCAUCGCGUACAAUUUAGAGAAUCGGACUGUCGAAAGCCAGGUACCGGUCUUGAACGACGUGCGCGACAUCACGCUCGCCCGAAACGCCCAAAUGGCCCUGGUCAGCUACGAGAACAAGGCCCCUCCACAACUCUGGAAGCUCGACAUGAUCAAGCAACAUCACGACGAGCACAUCCACGACGUCACGGCCCGGUUCACGUUGCGGCAUACGUACAUGCCCAAGGUGCCCGUCGACUUUGCUGGGCCGAGUUACUUCGGAGGCAAGAACGACGAGCUCGUGCUCUGCGCCGCCAAAGCCGGCGACAUCCACAUCUGGGACCGCGAAUCGGGCUCGCUGCUGCACCACGUCCGCACCGCGUCCCUCGGCGGCGACCUGACCUGCAUCGCGUGGAACCACGCCUCGGACGACCCGUUCAUGUUCGCGACGGGCUCGCACGACGGCGGCGUGCGCAUCUGGACCAAGCCGCUCCCGCGGCUCGUGUUCGACGACCGGGACGAGAUGCAGAGCGCCCACGGCGGCGGCGGCGGGCAGACGUCCGGGCCGCAGACGCCGCGCUCGCGCUCGCCGAGCGUGACGCACGCGGCGGCCGUGGACGGCGGCUACGGCUACCCCGCGAUGGUGGAGAGCCCGGCCGGCCACGAGUAUUUUGGGAUGGCGACGGGCGGCGGGAGCGAUCCGUCGAACCCGGCGUCGAGGCGGACGUCGCUCGAGGGCGUGAGGGGGGCACCUUCUUCGUUGGAUUCGGGACAUAUGCAGCCGCCGCCGUCGUCGUCGUCGGGGCCGUCGCCGCGCCCGUCUGCGGAACAGUUGCGCCUCGCGCUCUCGGCGCAGGCGCACGCACAAGGCAGGAACGUGGAGGCCCCUGCUCCUCCGCAGGCAAGCCAACGACCUCGAGCCCGCUCGGUGGCGUUCAGCAACGCCGCCGCACACCCGAAUACCGGGUCAGGACCCUCUUCUUGAUGAACAGUUUACGAUUUUUUGUUUUGCGGAAAUCUCAUGUUUGGUGAUGUCUUUACGCACGCGUCCUUAUGGUCGAAUAUGCUUGGAGGGGUAUAACAUGCUUGUAAUGUACCAUUAUGUAUGGAAGAAGAAGG